AUGAGGUGCAGUGUUCAGACUUGUACCAAUGACACGAAGAGAACCACCAAAAGUCAUGGGAUUACAUUUCACAUGUUUCCGAAAGAGCCUAACCUUCGUACAGCGUGGGUAGAAGCCCUGGGUAUGGCAGACUGGGAGCCAAAAGACAGAAGUACAAUAUGUUCCGAACACUUUCGAAAUGAAGACUUUUAUCAGACCAAAAGAGGGCUGCGGAAGAUUAAGGGUGGUGCUGUACCCGUGGUCGCACAGGAUUCUGCGGACGAUCUAGAUGCGCCGGCCGCUUUGAGGGUGUGCAGAAUAUGUCUCGCCAUAGACGUCAAGAUGUACGACUUUAGAGACCACAAGAUGGAUCAAAUGUAUGAGCAGAUCACUGGGCUAUUGACAUGCGGUGAGGAACGGCUGCCCCAGCGCGUCUGUUGGGAGUGCGCGGCGCGGCUCACGUCCGCCAUUCGCUUCAGGACCAGAGCUUUGAGGAGCUUCCAGCUGCUGCAAGACAUGCUGCUACCUGACUCCUAUAUAAAAGUUCGCGACAUAAAAUCAAUAAACCGCUCUCACAGCGGUCUCAGCUCCCCUCUCAUCCAGAAGAUCUACGACAACAGUGACUACGACCUGCACAUCCGGGAUGUCCUCGUGAAGGAGGAAGAGCUCCCUCCGGAGGCGCCUCCCGACGACGAGGGCCUGGAGGUGGACGCUAAAGACCUGGCGCCUAUCACUGAGGUUGAAGUCAAGGAUGAAGGUAGCAGCAACGAGAUAUUCUUCGAAGAGUUUGAUCACUUCGAUGAUGAUGAUGAUAAGACUUUAAGCGAAGUGUGCCUGGAGAAGAAUAAAGAGAAGGAGAAAAUAAAGAAGAGGAAAGAGAAGCCGGUCAAGAGGAUUAAACCUAAGAAGUGUGAGGAAGAUGACACGCCAGACAAUACUACGGACAGAUACAAAAAGAACGACGUCAAACGCCGCCGUCAGACUGAGGCGUUGGACGAGACUCUGUUCACCAUCACCUCCCUCUCCUACGACCAACAGAUAGAGGAAGUCCUCAAGCGGCAGGACAGCACCUCCUACACCAAUGCGCCCUACAAGUGCACCAUCUGCUACCGAGGGUUUCAAAUCAAAGACAGAUAUACUGCACACGCGAUUAGGCACAGUGAGCAAAGUGGGUUGUACGAGUGCUUCAUCUGCAAGACGCGGCUGAAGACGAGCCGAGCGCUGCGCAAGCACCUCACGGCUCAGCACACGGAGCAGUACAGCUGCAAGGGCUGCCCCUUCCUCACCAGGAACCGGGGAGUGGCGAGGGAACACGAGAAAUGGCACGCCGGCACCAAGUACCAGUGUCCACAUUGUGCCAGCGAGUUUGACAAGCUGACCACGUACAUGGGCCACAUCCGCAUCAAGCACGUGUCGGACUGCGUGUGCGAGCUGUGCGGGUACACGUUCGUCAGCAAGAAGGGCAUCGACGUGCACAAGAAGAAGAAACACCGGCUCGUUGAUAAGUCUGUGACCCUGGAUGGUCCAUACUGCACGGUAUGCGAAGUGAAGUUCAUCUCGGAGGAGGCUCACGACAGACAUCUGAUGUUGUCGUCGCGGCACAGCAGCGAUCAUGAUCCGAACCGCAUCCGCAACGACUCACAGAGUAUGAACACGGAGCGGAACGGGCGAGUCGUGCGUAGAAUAGAGCGGCGACCCGUCAUACACCCGCGGGACCCUCAGGACAGGAUGACGCAGCACGAACCCAACACGCCGGUCAACUGUGAACAGUGCGGUAUACAACUGCGGGACCUUCGGUUAUACGCACAACACUUCAGACGCGCUCACCCAGACAAGAAUCGAACCAAGUACCCGGCGAUGAAGACGCCGUGCAUGUGCGAGCAGUGUGGAAAAAUAUUCCAGAGUAUGGCGCUCCUCAAGGACCACAUGUGGGUCCACACCGGUGAGAAACGUUUCAAAUGCGACCGUUGCACGAAGAGUUUCACGCAGAAGACAAACCUGGUGUUCCACAUGAGGGUACACAGCGCCUCCAGGCCCACGUACGAGUGUCCGCUGUGUGGGAAGCACUUCGCUUUCUUUAACAACCGAAGGCGGCAUAUGUUUAUCCACACGGGACUGAAGCCUUUCAAAUGUGACACUUGCGGAAAAUGUUUUACAACAUCCGGCGAGCACAGAGCGCACGUUGAACAUGUUCAUUUGAAGAAGCCUUGGCCGAAGCGAGCGAGACACCGACGUGACUGGAAGUGUGACGCUAAUAGUGUAGAAGAUUAG